AUGGCGGAGUCGGAGAUUUGUAUCAGAAGCAGUCAGGAGUUAUGGACCAUCCUUCACGGACGAUCUGCUCUGCGGGAACCGUCUCAGAUCAAAGCAGAAUUAGAGCGAAAUGGAGACCGACUGCAGCAGGGAUUGGCAUACUACAAACCACCCAGCUCUUCAUCAGCGGACAAAUUAAAAGCAGACAAGGAGGUUCCUCAGACUCUUAAAGACUUCGGGCUCCGUAUCAGCAAACUUCUAGCUCUGGAUGAGCGACAGAGUGUGCAGAUUUUACAAUGCUUUCUACAAGAGGACUACAGAGGAACCCGAAACUCACUAAAGACCAUGCUGCAGGAUGAGAGACAGAGCCAAGCCUUAUUGCUCAAGAUUGUGGAUUACUACUAUGAAGAGAGGGCUUGUCUUCUGCGCUGUGUCCUUCUUCUUCUCACUUACUUCCAGGAUGAAAGGCAUCCUUAUAGGGCGGAGUACGCUACCUGUGUGAAUAAACUGGAGAAGGACCUCGUGUCGAACUACCAACAGCAGUUUGAAGCUCUAUUCAGUGCAGAAGCUCCAACUUGGGAAACUCAUGGAAAUCUAAUGACAGAGAGACAGGUUUCCAGAUGGUUCUCUCAGUGCCUAAAGGAGCAGGCUUUGCUGUUGGAAAUUCUCUUUCUUUAUUACGCCUACUUCGAAAUGCCCCAUAGUGACCUGUUGACCUUUAUGCGACUCUUCAAGGAGCAAGGUUUCGGGCAGCGGCAAACCAACAGACAUCUCGUGGACAGGAGCAUGGACAGACUAGUGGAUCGAAUUGGGUAUUUCAGUUGUCUUAUUCUGGUAGAGGGAAUGGACGUCGACUUCCUGCAUAAAUGUACCCUUGAGGACCGAACUGAACAGCAUCAACUCAGCAGCACACAUGACAUAAACAAAGACAUGGACCAGAUAUUGCUGGGGCUCGGUGAAAUCUCUCACCAUGGCCCAGUUCUGCUGGCCUGGGUUCUUUUAAGGCACACGCUUCAACCGGUCGAAGCUGGGUCAAUCAUCAAACGACUUGGUCAUGCUACCUUACAGCUGGGAGUGUUUCAGUACCUCACGGACAUGCUGCGGUCCCUGGGCAGCACUGGAAAUAAUUGCACUGCCAGCACUGCGCGAAUGUGCAUUUACGGUCUACUGUCAUUCGUAGUCACAUCGUUUGAAGAGGACACUGUAGGCAGCCAACAGCACCUGAUCAACGUAGCGUGCGAGGUUCUUGCGGCCCCAAGUCUAGCCGAGCUCUUUUGGGAGUCUAAGCCUAACGUGGGACUGGAAAUGAUUUUGGACUCAGCAGUCGGGGUUUUCCCGUACAAGACUGGACCAUUACUGCAGAUCCUCACAGCGUUGCUGGCUGAUAAAUCCACUGCCAAGAGGGUGUACACCUUUCUGGAUAAGAUGUCCUUCUACACAGAGAUAUACAAACACAAACCAAAUGAUGUGCUUUCUCGAGAGGACGAGACCCUGUGGAGAAGACAGGCACCUAAACUCCUCUACCCUCUGGGUACCGGUCAGACUAACCUAAGGAUGCCACAGGGUUGUUAUGGCCAGGUGUGUAUGGGCGAGCAGGGCUACGUGGUGCGCUGGGAUUACUCUUAUUCCUCUUGGACCCUUUUUACCUGUGAGAUUGAGAUGCUACUCCAUGUCGUCUCCACUGCAGAUGUGUUGGCUCACUGUCAGCGAGUAAAACCGAUACUGGACCUGGUCCAUAAGCUCAUCAGCACUGAUUGGACAGUAUCUGACUGCCUGCUGCCCAUCACUUCACGAAUCUACAUGCUGCUACAGAGGCUAACCUCAGUGAUCAACCCGCCAGUGGACGUAAUUGCCUCUUGCGUCAACUGUUUAAUCGUGCUGGCUGCACGGCAGCCUGCAAAGGUUUGGUCCAGUCUGCAACACACAGGCUUUUUGCCCUUUGCAUCCACCCUUCCAACCAACAUGGCACAAACCAUCAGCGCUGAAGGCAUGAAGGCAGGUAACUACGGCAACCUGUUGGUACUGAUUGAGCAGCCACGAGGAGAAUAUGCAGUGACCAUCGCCUACCUGAAGCUGGUGACCACUCUUGUCAAGGGUCAGAUAGGUAGUACCCAGAGUAGAGGACUCAUGCCCUGCGUGCUCCUGGUGCUGAAAGAGAUGCUGCCCACCUACCACAAGUGGCGCUAUGACACACACGGCAUCCGAGAAAAGAUAGGUUGCUUGAUUCUGGAGCUGGUCCAUGCCAUCCUAAAUCUCAGUCCUGAAGGGGAGUCUCAGGGCAGUUCCCCCAGCCUGCAGUCUCUAUGCAUCUACAGCUUGGCAAACACUGAAGCAGGCCAGGCCAUGGUGAACAUCAUGGGAGUGGGAGUGGACACUAUCAACACGGUGCUCGCAGCUCAGCCCAGCAGUAGUGGGAGCUGUGAGGGUCCUGGUCAGGUGUUGAUUCAGACGGUAAAGUUGGCCUUCUCAGUCACCAACAAUGUUAUCCGACUUAAACCUCAAUCAGACACGGUGUCUCCUCUGGAACAGGCUCUCACACAGCAUGGUGGCCAUGGCAACAACCUGAUAGCUGUUCUGGCCAAAUACAUUUACCACAAACACGAUCCUGCGCUUCCAAGGCUUGCUGUUCAGCUAUUAAAGAGACUCGCCUCGGUGGCUCCAAUGUCAGUCUACGCAUGCUUGGGGAGCGACGCAGCAGCCAUCAGGGACGCGUUCCUGAGACACAUGCAGAGUAAAACAGUCGACCUGCGCAUCAAAGUCACCAUCCUGGAGUUCCUCACUGUCGCCGUAGAAACCCAACCAGGUCUCAUUGAGCUCUUCCUUAACCUUGAGACCAAGGACAGCAGUGAGGGAACGAAGGAGUUCUCAUUGGGUGAAUGGAGCAUUCUGUCUGUGGUUCUUGACCUGCUGGACUCUGACGUGCCAUUGUCCCAGUCAUGGUGCCCCCCGUUGCUACAGCGGGCAGCACUUGCCUUUUUACAUGCACUCUGGCAGGAUCGUAGAGAGAGCGCACUGUCCGUACUGCGCAGCAGGAAGAAGUUCUGGGACAAUCUGACAGCACCGUUAUUUGGAUCACUCCCUCCACCCUCCGAAACAACAGAGCCUUGCAUUUUGGAGUCUUGCGCCUUCGUGAUGAAGAUAAUUGGCCUUGAGAUCUACUACGUUGUCAGUGGUAAACUGGAGGACUCCCUGAAGGCCGCACUGCAGCGUCUUGGCUCUCAGCGACGCUAUGAAUUCUGGUCUCAGUAUGUAAAGGAGCUGGUAUGCAUGGCCUGUGAGGACGAGGAGAGUGGAAUGAGGUCGUUGCCCGAGACUCAGAUGCUCAUUUCGGCAUGGAGGACACUACUCAUCCUUUCCACAAGCCAUUCUGCUGUUUUGCACCUAAAUGAAGACUCCGUAAGACAAAAGCUCUUUAUGGAUGUCCUGGAGGCAACCAAAGCAGCAUUGUUGAUUCCUCAGUCUGUUGCAUGCCUACGGUUGGGUUCCAUGAUGGCCACUCUGCUUCUCAUCAUCCUCAAGCAGUGGAAAAGUGUGUUGGUAUCAGCUCCUGCUCUUCUUCCUCCACUCUCUCUGAUGUUAGAGUGUGUUCUUCAGGCUGAUCAGCAGCUGAUGGAGAGAACCAAAGCCAAGCUCUUCUCAGCUCUCAUCUCAGCUUUGCACAUUCAGGGCCUUAACGGAGGAGAAAUUACCCAGCUGCCCCAGCUACUGCUCUGUGUGUGCGAGACAGUUCAGGAUGAGGCUCUGGCUUUGAUUGACAGCACGCGGCACAUGAGCCAAAAAGGUGAAGUCCAGGAGGACAGCAUGGAGACGGACUCGCCGCGCAUCCAGAAAGACCAGAGAGACUCGGUGUGUGUGCUAGCUCUACAUCUGUCUAAAGAGCUCUGCAGGGCUGACGAGGACGGUGAGCAGUGGCUGCAGGUGAUGAGGAAGCUUCCCGUUUUACCCUCGGUACUCAGCGCCCUUGAGCUCAGUCUGCGCUCCAAACAGAAUCUUUUCUUCACCGAGGCGGCACUGCACCUGCUGCUCACACUUGCUAGGACGCCUCAGGGAGCUGCAGCAGUAGCAGGUGCCGGGGUGAUUCAGAGCAUCUGCCUCCCUCUGCUCAGUGUAUAUGAAGGCCCGGUUAAUGGAACCACACAGGCGUUUUCUCGGAAGCCUGUGGACGCCCCCUCCUGGCCUGGUGUGUAUAGACUCUGUCUCUCUCUCAUGGAGAGCUUACUUAAAACACUGCGCUACAACUUCAUCAACGAGGCGCUCGACUUUGUCGGAGUUCACCAGGAGCGCAUCCUACAGUGUUUGAGCGCAGUGCGCACAGUACAGUCUCUAGCGUGCUUGGAUGAGGCCGAUCACACUGUGGGUUUCCUGCUCCAGCUCUCCAGCUUCUGUAAAGAAUGGCACUUCCACCUACCGCAGCUUCUCAGAGACGUGCAGGUAAAUCUGUGUUACCUGUGUCAGACAUGUACAUACCUUUUGCAUAGCAAGAAGAUGCUACACCACUACCUCCAGGCAAAGAAUGGCGACGCUCUACCUCAGAGGACCCAGGCACAGCACGUUCUACAGCCUGCCUCCAAAGAGCAGCCAUUAAUUGAAGAGAGAGAGGAGGCGGAGUCUAAAGCUUUGUUAGCAGUGCAGUGCAGCCUUCUGAAGAUACUGAGCAAAACACUAGCGACGCUACAGCACUUCACACCCGACUGCUGCCAAAUCAUGCUCGACCAGUCUAUGGACCUUGCAGAGUACAGGACUCUGUUUGUGCUGAGCUUCACGACUCCGGCUUUCGAUUCUGAUGUCGCACCAUCUUUUGGAACUUUGCUGGCCACCAUCAAUGUGGCACUGAGCAUGCUGGGAGAGAUAGAGAAAAAGAAGGAGUCAUUGGUUUCAUCAGAGGAAACACAAGCACUGAAAUCAUUGCUGAUGUUUUCUAUGGAGAACUGUUUCUACGUGUUGAUCUCUCAGGCCAUGCGGUGCUUAAAAGACCCGACCGUCCUGCCUCGAGACAAACAGAGAGUCAAACAGGAGCUCAGUUCUGAGCUGAGCACGUUGCUGACCACAUUGUUUAGGUUUUUCCGGCGCGGGUCACCGUCGUCUCCGGCCGGAGGCCUUCUCGCCUCCCCCCAGACCAAACCCACCACUCCGGGGUCAAAGGUCACACAGGAGGGCCAGGAACCCUUCGUACAGCUUGUGCAGGCAUUUGUACGGCAUGUCCAACGCUAGCGUUUCGCAUGAGUUCGUUCAAUCAAAAUGAAGAAUCGCACAUCUGCUGGACAUUAAGGGGUACAGCGACAUUUAAGUAGUUUUAAUACAAAAGCCUGUGUAAUGCCAAAGCAUAGGUGUAACUAUUUAACUAUUUAAAACAAAAUGCUUGUUGUGUUUGAUUUAUGCUGAGUAAGAACCCACCUCCCAAGUAUCAAUGUGGCAUAAGUCCUGGCAUUACACAUUCUUUUCUGCUAUUUCCUAAUAGACACACGUAAUAAUAGUUUACAUUCAAGUUAUAAAAUGAUAGUUUUUUGUGUUGGUCUGACUUUUUAGGGGCAUUUGUAAUUAUACACGCUUGCUCUACCACACAGAUUGCAUAUUAAAGGGCAAAAUGCAUUUGUAAUUAUUAAUGGUGCCUUUACAGAACUGUGGCAUGAACCCAAGAAAGGUUUUCCUAUACAUACCUUCUUUGUAUUUCAUUAUUUAAGGUGCUUCAUUCAGUUUACUUACUAAAUCGGUCCAACAUGACAUUCGGAGGCCUAGUUUUAUAGGCUACUGUUACCAAAGCUUGCCUGUGUUUUGUUUCUCAUUGGUCUGUUUUUUUAGGAUCGUGAUCGAUUGGUCAGACCAAUAUCCUGUAUUUGGACUAUUUGCCCUGGAAGUGGUGAAUGAGUGACUGUCACUGGGGACCAUUUAGAGUAAACUCAAUUUGAAUGCCAGGUCAUGUUAUUUGGACCAUAAGUAUUCAUGAAUGCUAACUGUACUUUCGUUGCGUAAACUGACACAUUGUCUUGUAUAUUCAUUUACAUCUGUUAAAAUAUUCAUGGAUGUACAUUCAUUGGCUCUUGGGGUGUCAAAAGUGCAGAAAUGUUAUAAUAUGCCAAUUUCUACAAGCUGAAACAUAAAGUAUUCUUUGUCACUGUUGUGUUUAUAAAAUAAUAAAGGAUUUCCAGGAGGUUAUUAUUAUUUAUUAUUUUAUAACUUUAACUGUUAAUAAAAAAUAUAUUACAUGAGCAACGUUUUUAUACAACCCCAAUCAGUUGGAUCAGUAUGGAAAAUGCAAAUAAAAUAAAAAUGCAGUGUUUCUUACAUUUACUUUGACUUUUAUUUGAUUGCAGACAGUUUGAAUCCAUUCCUGCAUUUUAGGCUUGCAACACAUUCCAAAAAAAGUUGGGACGGGGCAACUUAGGGCUAGUAAUGAGGUCAAAUAAAUUAAUAAUAAUGUGAUACCGAACAGGUGAUUGUAAUCAUGGUUUGGUACCAGUGGCGAUUUCUGUAAGACUGCAAGGGAAGCUCAGCUUCCCCUAAAAUGUCAAAAA